AUGGCAUGGAUAGCAGCAGUAAGGAGGCCCAAGAUUACCUUUGAUAACACUCCACCACACAUGAUGGUGUGUUCAAAGCAUUUCCACAAAGGCAAACCUGCCUAUGAAAUGUUGGAGUGUGAUCCUGACUGGGCCCCUUCUCUGUACCUCGGCCACACUGAGGUCAAAGUUGCGAACACAGACCGGUUCAAGCGGUUUAGCAGAAGAGCGACGAGAUCACAACAACAACAGCAACACCCAUCGCUAGGCACUGACAACACUGGUCCUGAGGCUGAGUUGGAUAAUGCAGCACCUUUACACCCAGACACUACACCUGCAACUGAGAUGGAAGGUCCUGUGAAUCCACCCCCAUCGCCGGGUACUGUCCACACCGGUCAUGAGACUGAGUUGAAUGAAGCAGCACAUUUGUUCCCAGACUACUCUGCACCUGUGGCAGAGAUGGAAGGACCAGAGACUCAGCCCCUACCAUCAGCCCCAGACAAUGCAGGGAGAGAAGAAGAGAUGGAAACUGAAACAUCAGGGGAUGAUGGUGCUCCAAUGGGGAAUGCAGAAGAACAGCAGAACUGCACCAUGUGUGGCCUCAGACUCAAUGAAAUAAUACGCUUGCAGGAAGAGAAUCGAAAACUGAAGGGAGAGCUCUCCAAAAAGGCCCUGGAUGAGAAAUUUCUCAAAGACAAUGAUUCAAAGGUGAAGUACUACACUGGCCUUCCAUCUUUCAGUCUAUUGAUGGGAGUGCUGAUGCAAAUCAUUCCCAGUCUACCUAAAUUAGAAACAAAAGAAAGAAAACUCUCCCAUUUUCAAAUGCUCCUCCUGACCCUUAUGCAUUUAAGACUUGAUCUGCCUGUCGAACAUGUUGCAUACCUCUUUGACAUUAGCCGACAAACCGCAUCCAAUCUGUUCAUUGAGACCAUCAAUGUACUGCAUGCACAUCUCAGCCCUUUGGUGCACUGGCCAAAGCGCCAUUGUAUACAGGCAAGCAUACCACAUCAGUAUGUAGAGAUGUUUGGGAAUCGUGUUACUGUUAUUAUUGACUGCUUCGAGCUUUUCAUUGAAAGGGCACAAAAUCUACGUGCAAAGGCACAGACAUAUUCAAACUACAAAAGCAGGCACACAAUGAAAUAUCUCAUUGGCAUAACACCACAAGGUACCAUCUCUUUCAUUUCCAAAGGGUGGGGGGGGCGUGCCAGUGAUAAACAGAUCACAGAGAACUGUGGCUUUCUUCAGAAGCUCUCGCCUGGAGACCUAGUGUUAGCAGACCGUGGAUUUGAUGUUAAAGAAAGUGUUGCCCUUGUGGGUGCUACACUGAAAAUACCUGCCUUCACCAGGGGCCACAGCCAACUUAAUGCAAAAGAUGUGGAAGAGACCAGGAAGUUGGCUCAUGUCAGGAUCCACGUGGAGCGAGUGAUAGGGUGUAUGCGCUCUAAGUUUAACAUAUUAAAUGACACAAUACGCCUGGGAUUUGUGGUGCCUUGUGAGGGGGAGGAUAAGACUUUGCUGGAUAAAAUUGUGGUUGUGUGCUGUGCUUUGACCAAUAUGUGUCCAAGUGUUGUUGUGAAGCCGUCGUGUUAG